AUGUCAAAUGUAUUUUUUUUGUUAUUUUUCUUAACUAAUUUCUAUACUGCCGCUAUUUGUCAUACAAAAUGCAAAGAAUACCUAAUUAUAAUAAAAGAAACAUCGUGUCCAACGAAUUCAACCCUUAUUAGAGAGGCAAUAAAACUAGAUGAUGUGGAAUUGAAUCAUGACAACUGCUCUGAAGAAUCUUUGAAAAUACUUUCUAGUGACGAAAGUUAUUCCAAUAAAAGUUAUGUCAUAAAAUUUGACUACAUCGGUUUUGAAUCUGUAUGUGUUCCUAUAAUUAAAUCAUCUAAACUCUUAGAGCACAUUAAAAUAGAUGAAAAUAUAACCACGAAUGAAAAUAAGGAAUUCGGCAAAGACAGACAUCAAAUAGAUAAAACAACAGUCAUUGAAAAUAAUACUAUAAAAAAAUAUCCCUUAGAAUGUUUAAUUAAAGAUUAUAAACAGACAUGUGAUAAAAAAGAAUCAAAGGAAACUCUCAAAAAUGAAAUUAAAAAGAUAGUGAAUAUAAACCUAAUUCAUGCUAAUAAACCAACUUCAAAUAUCACAGAGUUCAUUUAUAAUAACACUGAGGCGUCAAUUCUUUUUGAACAAUGUGUUUUAAACAAUAACCUUUGUACGAACUCUAAUAAAAUUCAUGAUUACACUGAAAAUAGUGAUACUAUUUUACAAAUAAAAAUAACUUCAAUUGGAAAUAAAGAUAGUUCAGUAUUUUUGAUUAUGAAUAACAGUAAAGAUAAUUUUAAUUGUACAAAUAUAAUUAAUAAAUACAAAAAUAUCAAUGUUAGUCACAUUAAAGCAUUAACCAGCAGUAUAAUAACAAAAUAUUAUUGUCAAGAUGAGAAGAUAGAUGAUCGUAAUCUAACUCUACCCAUAUUUGAUGUUAGUUUAUAUAUAUCGAUUGAUUUAAAUAUUUUGAAUACAAAACUAAGGUAUAUAAACUGUACAGAAAAAUUUAAACAUGAAAAUAGUACAGAACUAAGCAUUGAUUGCAAUGUAGAUGAAUCUGUAGAAAUGCAGAUAAAAAAGGAUAACUACACUACAACCAGUGGUAAUAAUAGUUUACCAGAAAUUGAUUUGUUUGAAGGAGACUUUAAUCAAUCGCUAGUAUAUCACUGUAAACUAAAAAAAGUUAACAUUACUAGAGAAAGUUAUUCUGAAGAUGUAGAAUUAUUUAAUACAUACACAGUAUUCGAUUAUCAAACUUGUACCGAAGAAUACAGUACUGAUGAUAAAAAAGCUCACCUAGAUGGCAGUAAAGUUCUAUUUAUUUCAGGUGAAGUUUAUAAAGAUAAUUUCACGAAUUCAGAAGAUUUUGAGUCCAAUGCCAGUAAAAGUCUGAAAUUGCAUUUUCUACAUAAUAACGUUAGUGAUUGCAGUGAAAGACUUUCAUUAAAUAUUAGCAAAGGUAGAAUUAUCAGCCAAUGGCCAGAUAAACAAAAAUCAAACAAUGGUAAUAUGACAAUAACAGUAGAAACUCCAACAUCUAAAAGCCCUAUCGAAAACAAAAAUGUGAAUUUAAGUGAUCAUCAUAAUGAUGUAUUUAAUGUACACAAUAAGGUUAUAAAUGCUACCACAAAAAAAACAAAGGAAAACUAUUUCGACAACGAGCACGAAAGUAAAGACGAAGGUAAAAUACGGGACGGUAAAAAAUUACUAAAAGAAAAUGCUACAAGUAAAACAGACACCUCAAGAGAUCAACUCAUACAAAGAGACCAAAUAGAAGAUAACGAUCCUCUACAAGAAAUGUAUUACGUCAGUCCUAAAGUGUAUAUUACAGCAGUAGUAGCCCUAUUAGCCGCUGUUGGAUCAGUCUUAAUAUACGCUUUAUGUUUGUUUAAGAAAAAGGAACAUGAAUAUCAAGCAACACCUAAACGAGAUUGGUCCGAAAUGGAUGUAACAGAAUUUUAA